AUGAAGUGGUAUAUUGCUUUACUGCUCUGCUGUUUAGUGCAGUCAAUCAAUUGUAGACCAUCGUACAACUAUGAGGAAUACGUACUACUUGAUAGUAGGUUGAAGUACUUUUAAAAAAUUUUCUUUUUUUGAAUCUAAACCAGUCUUAACUUAAGUUACCAUUUUUUAAUCCGAUUUAAACAUAUAUGUUUUGUUAUCUUUUACUGUUGUAGACCCUUCAAUAAAAGACUUUCCUGAUGCCAUUACCAAGGAACAAAAGCCAAUGAUUCCUGUAGAAGAUUCAGCAGAAAUGUCAGAAGAAGAUGAAGAAGGCCAAGUAAUACCUACCGAAACUCCAGUUGAAAAAGCUGAAGCUCCAGAAGAAGAUGGAGAAGGUCAAUUACUACCUACGGAAACAACACUUAAAGAAUCUGAAGCCCCAGAAGAAGAAACAGAAGCCACCAACUGUACCAUUCCGUUGGAAAGCUAUUGGUCCGAACAGGCCUUAUUAUUUGCGUUUUAUCGUCUCUGGCCCUUAAUGACCAACUACAGCGUUCCGAUUGACACCAUGAUCAACGAAGUUCACGAAGAUUUGAAGAAUCGUGUUUUCAUGGAAUACAUGGACCCAGAAUCCAAAAUCAUUCAUGCUGUAGAUAACGAAAUGGGUAUAAGAACUUUGAGAUUCGAUGAAGUCAAUCCAGACGAGAGCUUGGUUCUAAAGCUGUUGAACGGAUUAAUGCGAUUCGUAAAGCGUCUUGUUAUGAUGGCCAUCAACCGAGGUAAACCACAAGUUGAAGUCACCAAAGAAGACUAUGCACUUCUAAAGCUGUACAUAAAAUCAAAAUAUUCGGAUACUUACCAGGAGAUCGUAGAGAAUUUGAAGUCACAACGCAAUGCUACAGUCAGUGUGGAACAACUUCAGUCAGCGUACGAAGACGUUGGUGGUAUUGCUGCACGUGAAUCGUCUUACUACUUCCUCACAUUCGUCAAGGCUUAUUUUAAGUACAAUGACAAUGUUGAUAAUCCCAAACUUUUUAUCACAUUUCACAAUUGUGUUGUCGUGUAAACCAACUGAAUAAAUAUGAACAUUCAGCUUGAGAAUAAUAUUAUGUUAUAAUACCUUGUGCUUUGUAUAUGCUAACUAAAGAAGUUUUGAAGGCGUAAGAGAUUAUACUAAAAAGUAAAAAACCUGAAACCCAAGUACAUAUUUAAAAAUUGCUGAAAAAAAAAAAUUUCAAAAAGGUUAAAUUGCCUGCAAUUACAAUAUUGUGCAGACCCGUUUUAUUCUAAUAUGAUAGCAACUUUAACAUUGAUAAACAGCGAGAAAAUAAUAAAAUUUAGAUCUAAAUUAAAGCUCAUAUCCUAGAUUAACUUUUGAUAGUGAUUUCAUCAACUUUUACAGUGUAAAAGACUUCGCCGGAUAAAAACAAGAAAAGGAAUAGUUAUAUAAAUCUAAAACAAUAUUCUGUUGUUUGAAAAACAAUGUAGAAAAACUAAAAACAAUAAAAACAAAAAAUUUUAAAAAAUAGUAGCUGGAACUAGCUGUAAAACAGCAUAAAACAGAUGUUUUACAUUCCAAAAAGUCAAUCGUGACAUUCCGCAACAUCAAAGUGUCACAAAGUCGAAAGAAUUGGCGGAUUUCGCAACAAAAUUCAUUGAAAUGGCAACCCUCAAGGUAUCUCUGAAGCCAAGACCAACCAGAUUCCGAGUUCAAGUUCUUCACCGGCCUCUGAUUCCAUUGGACAAGAUGUUCAGCAUCAAAUUCUUGACAUACGCUGCUGGGAGAUUGCUCUACGAAUACAGUUGCAUUGGAAUGUUGUUCUUGUUGAAAGUCUUGUUGUUUAUGAUCGUAUUCCCAGGAGCCACCAGCAUCGUAGUUAUUUCGAUGCUUCUGAAGAGUGUUGGAUUUGUAUGAAGCUGUUUGGCGGUUUUCUAACAUUUUACAUCAUGUAGGUAACGGAUUUUGUUGGUUUUUUUUGUUGUUUUAGGUAAAAAAUUAGUGGAAAUAGGGUUUGUGAUGAUCAGAGUAAGGUAAUACACUGCAUUUUAUUGUAUUUUUAAUUCAAUUUUGUGUUUUCAGACGCCAUUUUAAGUAUUCACACUGA